AUGGUGUCGCCACCCUUCGACGGAUUUCUCGGCCGUGGAGUGUCAGCAGAGGAUGCGGAUUCUGAGCUCUGCCGCGACGAAAGCCCCAUGGCACGUGAAAACCACGUGGACCAGCAGCAGCAUUGCAGUGGCUCCCGUGAUCAUCAAAGAGAGGGACACGCUGAAGCAGAUGAUCGGGAUAAAGGUGACGACGAGGUCCCAACUGACAAGAAACCACCCGAAGCGACGGCAGAAACGCCAGGGACAACCAGCUCAGCUGUUGUACCCGUAGACGCCGUCGCCGAAGCGAAACAAGCGGCAGUAGCAAUGAUCCCCAUCUCGUCCGACACCAACAUCAAAUCGGACAUGGUCCGUCAACAGCUCAAGCUCGAUCCAAAUUUCGCGCAGCAAUAUUGUCUUCGAUUUCUUCAGGCGCCAAACCGCGCAGGUCCUCCGCAAGCCCCGGGUGCCCACGAAGUUCCACCUGCCCACCAAGGUCUCCCUGCCGACGAAACUCCCGUCGAGCGGGCGGAAAGCAACGAUUCCGUCUUGAAUGGUAUUCAGCGCAUGCCAGAGGAAGAAGAAGGAAUAAUGCCACCAUCCUUGUCGCGACACGGUGCUCGUCAGGCUUGUAAUCGAGGCAAUCAAGUACCCGGUGCGUAUCCAAUACAGGGUAUGUCCCAUGAUCGCGAACAAGGCAGCAGCUUUAGUAGCAAUCGCGGUGACGCUGCGGUUCCCGAAGAUGAUGUGCCUUUGAUUGAAGCGACCCUGGUAGCAUCCGGACAUUUCCAACCGAAUACCAACAAUGACGAAGAACGAGCUCAGGUGACAGUUCGUACUGGUAGCAACAACAGUAUGAUUCCACAAGCCGUCAUUGUCGAGACCAACACGUGGCUCAAUCGUUGGAAGACGGCUUCUCUGCAGGGAAGAAUGUUGUGUUUGGUCCCCGUGGCGAUCCUUAUCGCAUUGGCCUUCACGGGGAUUGUGUGUGGAAGUGGCAAUGUGUGCAGUGCAGACGGCGACGAAACUCUCAUGGAAGAAUCUAGUAGUACAAGCACACCGGUACCAACAACACCAACAACAAUGCCACCGUAUUCAUUGCCACCGUACACGCUCAUGUCCAUCGAGGAGAAUCCCGAUUCGGCCCAAGCGAGAGCACAUGAUUGGCUUAUGCGCCAUUACGGAGAGGAAUCUCUACAGGAAAUGCCAUUUUGGAGACGAGAUCAGUUGUUUGUUCUGGCGUGUCUCUACUAUUCCUUUGAGGGGAUCACUCAACCUGACAUUUUGCGAACAACAGCCGAUUCGUUCCACGCGUCCGUUCCCGAAUGUACAUGGAGCAGUGUCACUUGCAAUGAAGAGGGAAAAGUCGUUUCAUUCCAUUUGACCACGUCCCCAAUGGAAGUGGUGGGAUCCAUGCCUCCCGAAAUUGAACUUUUGACAUCCUUGCAAAGCUUUGCUGCCAACUACUUGUUGCUACAAGGAAACUUGGACGAUAUUCUCACGUCGAAACUUUCAAAUCUACCGUUGCUCCAGGUCCUAUCGUUGGAAGAGAAUCAAAUUACGGGAACCUUGCCACGAUUUGUGGUCGAGAACAUGACACAAUUGACAUCGCUCAUCCUUAAAAACAACCAGCUCACUGGAACCAUCCAUCCCGAGUUCUUGUCCACUGCCAUGACACCGUCCAUGAGCAACCUACGAGUUUUGGAACUCAACAGGAACAAAUUCAAGGGGACACUCCCCACCGACGAUCCAAAAUUUGUCGGGAACACCAAUCUGCAAAUAUUGGGAAUCAAUCACAAUGCGCAGUUGACGGGGACCAUCUCAACACGAUUGUCCAUGAUGGCAGGCCUCCAGACACUUUACUUGGACGAAUGCUCUCUCACGGGCACACUUCCCACCGAACUAGGAUUGCUGACGGAUCUCAAUUUCUUUCGCGGCCAUCAGAAUAUGCUCACGGGCACGUUGCCAACAGAGCUAGGGUCGCUGACCAAACUUUUCAACUUUCGAUUUCAUACGAACCCGUUCACUGGUACCGUGCCGACCGAGUUUGGUUUUCUGCAACAAUUGACUUCACUGUCCAUGAGAAACAUGAACUUGUCGGGAACGUUGCCCUCGGAACUGGGCAUGCUGACCACCGUGGGGCACUUGACUUUUGCUCGCAGCAACCUCUCCGGGACUGUCCCGAGUGAGCUGGGUUUAUGCACCAGUUUGCACAAACUGGGGUUGGGCUAUGGUUUGUCUGGAACUGUACCGAGGAGCCUGUGUCAACUGACGCUCCGCGAAGAAAAGCCAGUGGAAGUGACGAUCGAUUGCGAAACGAUGGAUCCUUGCCCAUCAGAUUGUGUCUGUAAGUGUGCAUGA